GAAACGCACACAGGCCGGCAGUUAAUGAUAAGUGGCCGGUGUGUUAGUACUAUCUAUUUAUGUUGCCGCGCAAUCGGAUUUUACAAUUCGGCAUGACGUGCAAUGACAACUGUAAAUUUAGUCGUCAAAACCCCGUGAGUGCAACGAGUUGCCGCCGGUGACCAUUAGAACCGUGUGGGAGAUGUGCGUUUAUUAUUACCGUAAGCGAGCUGGGUCCACCGCAUUCGCCCCAUUGGACCUGCGGAAGGCUAUCGAACGCGGUCACUACGACGCCGUCAAACGAAUGAUCACGUGGAACAGAUACCUUAUGCACUGUCCUUCCGGUCGAACGGCCGACUAUCCAAUUCACGUGGCCGUGCAAACGGGUAACCAGAGAAUCGUCAAGCUGCUCUUGAACAGAGGAGCCGACCCCAACGUAAGAAAUGCGCAUCGUAAGACUCCUAUGCAUCAAUGCAUUUUGCACUGUCGAAAUCACAUUAUCGGACUGCUCGUCGGUCACGGCGCCGACUUGGACGUGACCGACGGCUCCAACAACACGCCGUUAGACUUGGCUACGUUAAUGAACGAAAAACGAUGUUUGGACUUGAUGUUAAAUUACGAAAUCCCAAAAGGUGUUCUGAACAAAGCAUUUUUCAAAGCUGCAUCUCAAGACAACACGGUGCUAAUGAACAAGUUGCUGAAUCGCGGCGCUGAGAUCGAGUACAGAGACGAAGUGACGGGUUUCACAGCUCUUUUGAUGGCCAUGAAAAGUAAACACGUUAGAGCCACACAACUGCUAUUGGAAAAAGGAGCUGAUCCGAUGGUGCACGAUUUCUUUAGGUGGACAUGUCUGCAUUUUGCUGUUUACUAUCAAUUCCCAAACCGUAUAUUGGUAGCUAUUAUGCAGAACUGUACUAAAAAACUUAUCGACUUCAAAACAUGCAAUCAAGAAACCGCGUUGCACUUGGCUGCGAAGAGGGGCAACGAAACGGCGGCGUUCGUACUGCUCCGUUCCGGUGCUUCGGUGAACGGACUGGAUUGUCGAUCCCGCACCCCGUUGCUUACCGCCUUGCAUUGGCAAAAUGAGACAGUGGCCCGGUUCAUCAUCUACUCCGGGGCCAACGUGAACCGAGUACCCGGGUCCAUCCAAACGCCUCUGCAUGCCGCGGUGGCCCGCAACAAUCUGUCCCUCGUCCAGCUAAUGCUAGAACACGGUGCCAAAGUCGUGGACUUGAAAAACGACGAUCUCGACUGGACAGUCAUACACUCCGCGUGUGAAACCGGCGAUUUAAAUAUGUUGGCGUGUUUGUUGGAACAUAGUGAUCCGGAGAUGUUGGCCGCUUUGCACUGUGGUCGUCGCCCGAAACCACCACUGCUUGUAGCCGCGACUCGAGGCCAUUCGGGCGCUGUUAAAGCUUUGUUGGCGCGCGGCGUCGACAUCAACACUCGGUCGAAAGACAACGAAACGGUAUUGCACGCCGCCGUAAGAGCUAACAACGCGUCGUUGGUGGAGCUCCUGUUGAACGCCGGUGCCUGUAUCGACGCUCGAAAUUCGUUGACCGCUUCACGUCCGCUCGACAUAUCAGUGUACACCUGGGGACGGCGGGUCACAAUCACCGCACAUCUCGUGCACUCGGACCGCAUGGCCAAAGCCGUAGUUCGGCACGACGUAGACACCGUAUCGUUCUUAUUGUCUUGUGGCGUCUCGCCCAACAUGACGACUGAAGCGUACGGGUCGCCGUUGCACGUGGCCGUGAGACAUCGUCGGUACGAGAUGAUGGCCACCAUAUUGUCGUCCGAUAGGAGUCGCACCACCAUCCGACACAACGGCGUCACACCACUCGACUACGCCACCGACAUGGGUGACACAAGGGCCGUCAAGAUGUUGUUGUGGAAGAACAUGAGACGCAGUAGACACUCGAGUUUGAUCAGAACGAACGCCAAAAAGAUGACGGACAAUAAAAAAGCGUCCAGGGCGUUGCCCAAACAGGGAGACAGCCCCAGACGUACUUCUAUUUGACAAUGUAAUUAUUAAUAGGGGGGGGAGAAGACAAGCCUUUUGUUUUGCUAUCUUAAUAUUAUUAAGGUAAAUCAGAAGUUAGGUUUAUCUUUUUUAUUUUUCAUUCAACAAUUAGUUAUGUAGACCUUUAGAGACGACAAAUGACUAAUGAUUUGAUCCUUUUUAUUCGAUUCGUUUUUCAUUUUCUUCUAAUUUUUAAGUUGUUUUAUUCAUUUGAAUUGGGCAGUUGCCGAUAUUUAAUUUAUUUCAUCUCAUUAUUAUUAUUAUUAUUAUUAUUUUAUCAACUAGCGUUAUUUUUAAAUGUUUUGUACAGUGUUAACAUAAAUGUUCAUUUUUGAGGUUUAAUUGCGCAGCGAGAUGAUAUUUCUAGAAAUAUGUUGCGUUUAGACUUAUAUUAUUAUAAAAAUGACAAAAAAAAAAAUAAUACUAACCAAAGUAUGCGACUGUGAUUUAUUUUAUAUGCUAUUUUAAUUUAACUAGACCUAUGACCAAGGCCUAACAUAACAUUUAACGUUUUUAUUCUUUUGUAAAAUUGUUAUUGCAUUAUGAGUUAUGACCAUAAUAAUAAAACCUUAUAUCUCAGAAAAAUGUUGAACUAAACAAUAAUAUUAAUGUUUAAAACAAUAAAAUAAUGUACAAAAUUAUUUGUUCCAAGUUAUAUGUAUUAAAUUAUUUCAUUUUACUUGCUUUCGCCAAUCCGUACAAUAUGACAACAAAAGUUAAAAAUAGUUUUUUGUAUACCAUAUACAUUUUAUAGUGACUUAAUUAGUUAAAGCUUUUUUGUUGUUUCGGCGUUAAGAUACUUGAAUUAUGCAGAGAUAAUCAAGUCAUUAUAAAAAAAAAAAUUAUAUCUGGUUUCGAUUAAACAUUGUUUUAAUAAAAAUUUCCUAUGAAAAGUGUUGUGCCCCAACACCCCAAAAUACAGUUUUUAAAUUAAGAUAAUGUUUCAGUAUAUAAAAAAAACAGUAAGAAUAAAACUACUUAAUAUUUGUGUGUUGAUAAUAUUUCAUAAUUGUUUCAAAACUAACGUUACGUUUUUCACUGUAAAAAUUUUUGUUCUAAAAUAAAUAUAAAUCUUUUAAAAA